AUGAACCAAAAAGAAUUAGAUGAAGAACAUAUUUAUCUUUUAUCUGUAGUUCAAGCUUUUCAAUUAUAUGAAGAGUUUGGUAAACAAUGGGUUAUUUAUCAAUUAUCAAUGUUUAAAAGUUUAAAAGAAGAAGAUAAAAAAUUAUUACCUAAUUAUUAUCAAAAAUGGAAUUUAAUAUUAUGUGGAUUACAUGCAAAUCAAAUGAUUUUUGAUGCAAUCAUUAGAAAUCAAGAAGAUAUAAUUACUCAUUCAAAAUUUCCUAUUCUUUCUCAAAAACAACAACAUAAUUUAAUUACUUCAAUGAUGAUCAAGAAAGAAAUGAACUUUGUCAAAAAUUAG